AUGCCCGACGUGACCGAGGUGACUGAGCAGCUUGCCGUCCGUCUUCAGACGCUGUAUAGAGCGCGCCGUGCACGCCGAGAGGCGGUGGAGCUCGCCAACAGCGCCUACCUCAAAUGCUGGGACGCGGUAAGCGGCCUAGCCUACUACUGCAACCUGCGGACGGGUCUGUCGUCCUGGAAGAAGCCGCUGCUUUUGGCGGCUCGGGAUCCCGCCGAGACUCCAGCAGAUGACGCCCACUUGAGCUUGAAAGACCGCCAAAAGCGGCGUGAAGAGAGCUUGGUCUUCAAGAAGAAGUGCGAGGAGGAAAGGAGGGAGCUGACGCUCCGCCAUCGCAGGAAGAUCGCGCGUGCCAUGCGCCGCUUCGAGAGAAACUUGAUGGAGGACAAAACGCGAACCCGGCAGGAGCGACAGGAAAAGUUGAAGAAUGACAACCAGCAGCUUUUGCAAGACUUGUCCGACGGCAAAAAGAAAGAGAACGUGCAGACCAUCCGCGAGGCGGCAAUGCGAGGUAACUUGGACCGAGUUGAGAAGCUGCUUGGCAUUGGCUUCAGUGCCGACGCCGAGAGUGCCAUGGGGCUGACUCCGCUGCUAGCAGCUUGCCAAAGUGAUCAUCUGGAGGUCGUUCGACGAUUGCUUUUCAGCGGGGCGAGCGUCAACCAUGUACAUGUGAAGACUGGCCGGACAGCACUUAUGGAAGCUGCCAGUCGCGCGAAGCCUCCAGUUCUCAAGGAGCUUCUUCGAUACGGCGCCCAGAUUCACGUGGAAGACGUGCAAGGCGAGACGGUCUUCGACUGCAUGAAAGACGCUGCGAACCGGGAGAUCAUCGAACGCGCGUGCCACAUCUGGUCAGCUGAGAAUGCAGCACUCUUCCCUGCAGGAUUUCGACGAGUUUCCCUCGCGUACGCUCUGAUCAGCAAACGUCAACGGGACGCGUACGAGACUGAGAAGGUAGUCACACGCAGGGAGCUGAUUCAGCUGAAGCAGGAGCUCCAGCGCAAGUGCGUUGAGGCCAAAGUUCGCUAUGAUCAGGACAUUCGCGGGAGCAGCUUCGAGCCGACGCUGAUGCGGCGACUUUCGUCGAUGGAGGUUGCAGAUCUGAAAUACGACGCUGAGCGUCGAGCUCUGCUACUGGAAAUCCAAGACGCCGUCGAUAGACUGCGCGAGAGUGAACGGCCCCAAUUCAUCCCCGAACCAGUCAUCCUGAACGUCCUGUCGUUCUGUUCGCGGCACUGGUUUGACUCAGACCCUCAGCGGCCGCGAGAGGCGACAAAGAAACAGAAGAGAAAGACUGCCAAAAAGAAGAUAACACGUACCAGAUCCCAGCUUCUCAUGGCGUUGAACGUCCCACCAACAUCACUCCGGCCACCGCCUGAUCAGCUGUCAGAAGAGCUCGAAGCGCGAUAUACCUCUUGCCAGCAUUCUAUAAAGGAACUUUGCGACCAAUUACUGGCAACAGCGAGCAAUGAGCAUUUCGACACGGUCAAUGGCGUCUCAAGAGAUUCCAGCGGGACGAGUCUUGCCACAGUGGAUGUUUUCGUUGAACAAGCCGAAAAUCUGCCGUAUCGUGACCCGCGAAUUGGCGACAUGAUCGAUCCUUUCGUACGGGUUUUCUUGCGGUCAGCUUCGGUACUCGACAGCACAGAGGUGUUCAAGACGGAAAUGCGAAUCGCUGACCGCAACCCCGUGUGGGACUUCCGUUGCCGAAUAGUUGCAGUCCCAUCGACUCAAAAAGAGCUCUGCGUUCAGGUGGUGGACACCAAACGCGAAGACGUAGCAGGUGAAGUCAUCAUCCCGCUGCGCUCACUCUUGGACCAAAGAGAACACAGCAAUUGGCACGUGAUGCCGCUGACGCUCCGCCAGCAGAUUCUCGAGAAAAAGCCACGCGACCAGCCAGCGCGAAUCCGUGUCUGCGUAAAGCUAACACACACAAAGUCCAUCGUGCUCACUCGUGAACUCCAGCAACUGUUGAAAACGCGCGAGGCUCUCGUCAAGAAGCGACGCGAUAUCAUCCAGGACGCACUCAACACCCGACUGCAGCAGCUGCCGUAAUUCCACCCCCCAAGUCCAGUGGACUUAGUCCACAGCUAAUUUACCUCAGCUUCAAACCUCAAGUGGGUGCCGUGCGUUUUAUCCUUCUCACAUUCAGCCUCAAACCUCAAGUGGGUGCCACGCGUUUCAUCUCUCUCACCAUUGCCACGCCCACCAUGCUCACCACCGUCAAUACUGCCACCAUGUUCACGAUCACACUUGUCGUUUCCGUCCC